AUGAUGCGUUUGCGUACCCAUCGCAAGGAUUGGGCAUUGCCCAAACAAGAAAGCAGUGUAGCUCCACCACAUGUGUGGAGUAACGCCGAUCAAGACCCAGUUCCCCCGGAGAAAUGGACAUGGACCGGCUGGACUUUCACACAAUACUGGCUGUCAGACCUGGUCACUGUAUCAACGUGGUCGGCGGCCAGCUCGGCAUAUGCAUCUGGUCUAUCCGCCACAGACACAGUGACUUUAACCUUAGUCGCAGCGCUAUGCAAUGCCAUCCCAACAGUCCUCAAUGGAGCCGUGGGAGCUGAUCUGCAUAUCGCAUUUCCUGUCGCUAUUCGUGCCAGCUAUGGUACAUAUUUUGGAUAUUUCUGUGUGGCAUCGCGUGCUAUGCUGGCUCUGUUUUGGUUCGGCAUUCAGAGCUCGUAUGGAGGGCAAUGCGUGACCGCAAUGAUUACAGCCAUAUGGCCCAAUUACGCACACCUUCCUAAUCAUCUGCCAAAGUCGGCCGCUAUUACGACGCAGGGCAUGGUUUCCUAUGUUGUUUAUCAUGUCAUUCAAACACCAUUCCUCUUCAUUCCCACUCAUAAGCUCCAAUAUAUAUUCAUUUUCAAGUCUAUGCUCGUGCCACCCAUGGCAUUGGCUACGGUGAUCUGGAUUUCCGUGAAGGCAGGGGGUGGCGACGCUAUAUUCAAGCAGCCACCCACUGUUCAUGGCUCGGAGCGUGCAUGGUUGUGGCUCAUGAACAUGACCUCAAUCACAGGUGGCUUUUCGACACUGGCGGUCAACAUUUCAGACUUCUCCCGCUUUAGCAAGAAGCGUGGGAGCCCUGUAUGGCAACUACCAAUGAUUCCCCUGUUCAAGGUUAUUACCGGUCUUUUCGGUAUCAUAGCCGCCGGUGCGUCCAAACAACUAUACGGUACCAUUCUAUGGAGCCCACUAGAAAUAAUCGCUCAAUGGCAAGGAUCCUCUGGCGGACGAGCCGCGGCGUUUUUCUGUGGAUCAUUAUGGUUACUUGCUCAAAUCUGCAACAACGUCUCAGCGAACUCUGUAUCAUUUGCCAACGAUGUUGUUACCAUGUGCCCGAAAUGGAUCAACAUCAAGCGUGGGAUGAUCAUGUGUAUUCUCCUAGGCGGAUGGGCUCUAUGUCCCUGGAUUAUCAUCAAGAGCGGGAAGACUUUCCUUAGCUUUAUGGGUGCAUAUGCAAUUUUCAUGGCGCCCAUUGCGGGUAUUCUCUGCUGCGAUUACUGGGUCAUCAAGCGACGCAAAUACGACCUUGGCACUAAUUGGCGUGCUCUCCUAUGCAAUCUGUUCGUCAUUGUGCCGCUUCUCCCAGGGCUAGCACAUGCUGUGACACCGAAUAAUGUCAACCUCGAUGCGGGCCUGCAGCAUCUAUAUGCGAUCAACUAUCUUUAUGGGUUCAGUCUCUCCUUUACUCUUUACUUUGUGUUGAAUUAUGUCUGGCCUGAUCGAGCAACGCUGGUGCCUGCCGUGGUACCAGGUGUUGUUUGCCCUUUAAAUGCAGUGGAUUCGGAUUUAGAGGCAGAUGUGGGCACAGGAUAUCUGACGCAAUCAUCUACCAAAGCCAAGGCGUGA